UUAAUUCGUCAUCACGAAACAGCUGUUUUAGCUUGGCGUCGCGGUGCCAUUAGGGGGUCGUGAGAGGGCUUGGGAGUGUUGGAAAGAUAAAGAUAGGCAGUUGCAUGUAGAGUACGAGUUUUGCGUUUGCGAAGCAGAGAAAGAACAAUCAUCAUUGGUGACCGCCGACCCCGACCACUCAAGAUAACUGUGGAUUGCUGUUUCGUUAACAACGCUGCACUACUGCUGAAUAAAAUCAAUCAAAAUGUUGAAGAACAUUCUCGUUCCUAGAACUAAUUCAUUGGGACUCGGUACAAUGGCCUUAAUACGACAGCUGAGCAUUCAACCCACCCAAUGCUCCAAGCCGCGUACGGCGAUCGUGAUGUUAAAUAUGGGAGGUCCUCAAAACACGGAUCAGGUGCACGAUUACUUGCACCGGAUUAUGACUGAUCGCGAUAUGAUCCAGCUUCCCGUUCAAAGCAAACUGGGCCCCUGGAUUGCUAAGCGACGUACACCCGAAGUGCAGAAGAAAUACAAUGAAAUCGGAGGCGGAUCACCCAUUUUCAAGUGGACCAACAUCCAGGGUGAACUGCUGUGCAAACAGUUGGAUAAGGUGUCACCGGAAACGGCUCCCCACAAGCACUACGUGGCCUUCCGCUACGUGACGCCCUUGACGGAGGAUACCUUGAAGCAAGUGGAACAAGACCAACCGGAGCGGGUGGUCCUAUUUUCGCAGUACCCUCAGUACAGCUGCGCUACAUCUGGUUCCAGUUUCAAUGCCAUUUUUACUCACUACAAGUCAAACAAGAAUGGUCUGUCCAACGCCAAGUGGAGUAUUAUUGAUCGCUGGAGCACACACCCCUUACUGGCCAAGACCUUUGCCGAUAAUAUCCGGAAAGAAUUGGAAAAAUUCCCAGCCGAAAAGCGUAAGGAUGUUAUCCUGCUAUUUUCUGCACAUUCCCUACCGCUGAAAGCGGUCAAUCGUGGCGACGCGUACCCAUCCGAAGUAGGGGCCAGCGUGCAGAAUGUGAUGGAACAGCUCAACUACUGCAAUCCGUACUGCUUGGUGUGGCAAUCGAAAGUAGGCCCACUACCCUGGUUGGAACCGUUCACCGAUGAUGCCAUCAAGGGCUACGUUAAGCAGGGUAAGAAAAAUUUUAUCCUGGUCCCAAUUGCAUUUGUCAAUGAGCAUAUCGAGACGCUACAUGAGUUGGACAUUGAAUACUGCGAGGAAUUGGCCCACGAAGUGGGUGCUGAGAAGAUUGGUCGAGCGGCGGCGCCCAACGAUCACCCUCUGUUUAUCGAUGCCUUGACGGAUGUGGUGCAUAAUCACCUGAAGAAUGGAAAUGCGGUGAAUCCGAAAUUUCUACUCCGGUGUCCGUCUUGCGUUAAUUCCAAGUGCUUAUCAAGCAAACAAUGGUACCAGGAGUUAUGCAAUUAGAACUAAGUAUUUUAUUGAUUGUCAAAAAUAGUGGUGGAUGAUAGAAUCUUGUGUUAGUUGUUCUGUUACGUUAAUGGGAUGGAACUAAAACUA